AAAGACUCUAACACAGGGGAUUCUGUCGGAGCUGGGUUUGGAGGAUGAGUAGGAUCCUUGCAGGGGGCACGGGGACAUUUCUAGGCAGAGGAAACUACAUCAGUAAAGAUGUGUAGACCUAGCUUGUUUGAAGGAUUUCAAGUAUUUAGGGGUACAGGCAGCCAUGGUGACGAGGACAGGUUAGAGAUUUAAGGUGAGUGGCUUUCCAUGAGUUUCUCUAACCUUUGAGAUUACUGAUAACACUGAGUUUAUUGAUUUCCCACAGAGUAUGAACUCAAAGGAGGCCAAACUGGGAGUGUACACGAUGCUUUGCCAACACUCAUGGCUGAGGGGCCGCUGCAGAUGGGCGGCCCUGCUACUGGCUGUCAUUCCAGCCCCACCCCCUUUUCAGUAUAUACAUUCCAGCCUCACUGAAUCACCGCUGGUGGGAAGGGAAGUUCCGCACACACAGGCCAGCAAGGACUAGCACGCACUGCUGAACGAAAGUAGAGGAGAUUCGCAGAGAGAAAGGGGCAAUGGACCUGAUUCCAAGCUUUUCCAUGGAAACCUGGCUUCUCCUGGCUACCAGCCUGGUGCUCCUCUAUCUAUAUGGGACCUACACACACGGACUUUUUAAGAAGCUGGGAAUUCCUGGGCCAACACCUCUGCCUUUUGUGGGAACCGUUCUGGCCUACCGAAAUGGUAUUACUGUUUUUGACGAGAAAUGUUUUAGAAAGUAUGGAAGAAUGUGGGGGUUAUAUGAUGGGCGACAGCCUGUGUUGGCUAUCACGGAUCCAGACAUGAUCAAAACAGUACUAGUGAAAGAAUGUUAUUCUGUCUUCACAAACCGGCGGUCUUUUGGUCCAACGGGAUUUAUGAAAAGUGCAAUCUCUUUGUCUGAGGAUGAAGAAUGGAAGAGAAUACGAACAUUGCUAUCUCCAACCUUCACUAGCGGAAAGCUCAAGGAGAUGUUCCCCAUCGUUGGCCAGUAUGGAGAUGUGUUGGUGAGGAACCUGAGGAAGGAGGCAGAGAAAGGCAAGCACGUCAUGUUGAAAGAGUAAGUAGGAGCGGGGCUGCUGGGAUUCCUGCUCUGUCACAACACUUUGCAGCUGCUGCCACAGAGCCAAAUUCCCACUUCUUUUGGUCCAACGGGAUUUAUGAAACGCACAAUCUCUUUGUCUGAGGAUGAAGAAUGGAAGAGAAUACGAACAUUGCUAUCUCCAACCUUCACUAGCGGAAAGCUCAAGGAGAUGUUCCCCAUCGUUGGCCAGUAUGGAGAUGUGUUGGUGAGGAACCUGAGGAAGGAGGCAGAGAAAGGCAAGCACGUCAUGUUGAAAGAUUGUGAAUUUAAUGUCUGUGGCAAGUACCAUGUUAAUUUCAGUGCUCUAACUCUGUCUGAUCUGGAGCUCGUGGCCCAAUCUAUUAUCUUUAUUUUUGCUGGUUAUGAGACCACUAGCACUUCUCUUUCCCUCCUUGUGUAUGAAUUGGCCACUCACCCUGAUGUCCAGCAGAAACUGCAGGAGGAGAUUGAUGCCACUUUCCCCAAUAAGGCACUGCCCACUUAUGAUGCCCUGGCACAGAUGGAAUAUAUGGACAUGGUGUUGAAUGAAAGUCUCAGAUUAUACCCAAUUGCUGGUAGACUUGAGAGGAUGUGUAAGAAAGAUGUGGAAAUCAGUGGUGUGUUCAUUCCCAAAGGGACAUUAGUGAUAGUGCCAACCUUUAGUCUUCACCGAGACCUGGAUCUCUGGCCAGAGCCUGAGGAGUUCCGUCCUGAAAGGUUCAGUAAGAAGAACAAGGACAGCAUAAAUCCUUAUAUAUACCUACCUUUUGGAACUGGACCACGAAACUGCCUUGGGAUGAGGUUUGCGAUCAUGAACAUGAAACUUGCCCUUGUCAGAGUCCUGAAGAACUUCUCCUUCCAACCUUGCAAAGAAACACAGAUUCCCCUGAAAUUAAGUGCUCAAGGGUUAAUUCGACCAGAAAAACCCAUUGUUCUCAAGGUUGAGCCAAGAGAUGGGAGUGUGAACAGAGCCUGACUUUCCCUAAGGACUUCCCCUUUGUUCUUCAAGAAGCUGUAACCCAGAUUACCAGAGACCUCAAUUUCCUUUGUGAGUAAAACCAAGAAAUAAAGAUGAGCUUCAAGUACUGCCCGUGAUGGAUGAGUAGGGAUUCUGUAGGUUCAUUUAGCUUUUUUAGUGUCUGUGUGGAGCAUUAGAUAUUGUGGAGAGUAAAGGAGGUGAUAAUAAUUGCCAGAGAAGUAGACUCAGUCUGUCUGGUUCACACAGACUACCCCCAGUUAUAUCAACUACUCCCCUGAGCAGUGAUCAAGAAUAAAACUUUCUCAACAAUUUUAUCAACAAACUUGAAUGAAAACAAGAAUUAUUGUCAUGACUGUGGUAGGUGGUAGUGACAUUUAUACACAAGUCUUAUUUUGAAUAUUCUACAUUAAAUAUUACACUGAACCCAUCAAUCAACAUCUCUUUACAAAAAUGCUAACUGAUGCCUUUCUGCACAUUAAUGGAAAAUCCAUAGAACUGAUGAAUGAAAGCCAGUGACUGAAUGUUUUGACCAUCACUGUCACUGGGUGGGUGGAGCUUGUUCAGAUUUCCAGUGUGGUAUGUUAAGGGUAGGUGACAGUUAAUCCACUGUGACUUUACCCAUGGCUCAGAAAGUAUAUUCAUAGUUGAAUUCUACAGGUUUUGGAACACAUUUUUUUUAUAACACUUGAUUGGGCACUUAGUAUUAUAUUAGUUUUGAUUUAAUGUUUUCAUCUCACCUGCCCUGAUGUUCUGGUAGACAGGGAACAUGCUUUCUCUUUGUGUUCCAGCCUGAGCUCCCAACUGUCCUGACACAUUGAACAUCAAAUCAGAGGUGGUUGAUGGGCCAGUUGAUUUGGCAGGAAGGCUAAAAGCAUUUAUCCAUUUCAGUUGGUAGCAGAAGCUGCACAGGAUUCUUCCUAUUCUCUAUUCUCCCCUCCCCUCCAUCCCCUUUUAUCUCCUUUCCUCACCUCUUCCUUUGCCUUCCUUCCUGGAUAAUUCAGUCCUAAAGUUGUAUGUGGGGCAUAGCCAGGUGGGCAGCCCCACACCGGGGGUCAGGGGCAGAGAAGGGAGUCACAGUGAGUCCAAGUUAGAGACUGAGUAGGCUGGGGACAGUGUCCAUAUGGAAGAGCAGCCUGGCAUGGGUGUGGGAGCCCAAGCUAGGUGAGAAGGGUGCCCACACAGAAGACUGGUCUGGGGGGGAGCCCCUGGAGCCUAACUACAGUGUGGAGAACCCAAGGAGCAUGGUGGGGGCAUACAUGAGUGUUAAGGGAUGGACUGAGGGUUAGUUACAUGAAGGAGGAUUGAUCAAAUAAGUAAAUAUAUUAAAGCCAAAUGGUUUCAGGAGUUUCUCAGUGUUGGAGAAGGGAGUCACUGAUUUGUAAAGGGAGAAAGCCAAAUGAAGACUGUGUAUUGAGAGACUGGAAGUUUGUCAAUGUAAAGUCAUGCUUUUCUACAGAUAGAUGGUAAAUUGAUAGAGAGCAAUUGAAAUGUGUGUGUGUUUGUCUCUGUGUGUAUAAAAAAAAUUUCCUCUACCUCUCUCUACAGAUAGUUCUUAGAAACAGUGACUUUGUAAGAGCAAUGAGCAUAACUUGUAACCAGAUCUUGGCUUACAAA